CGGGGCGGGGUGUGUCCGGCCUCGCGGUCCCUCCGCCCCUGGGUCCCGUCGCCACACGCCGCUGAAACUCUGGACCAGGCGCGCUUUCCUCCCCGUCGUCCCUCGCCGUGACCAGAGUCGGGCACACACCAUGUCGGUCGCGGUCAGCAACAGGUUCCAAGGAGGGAAGGCGUUCGGCUUGCUCAAAGCCCGGCAGGAAAGAAGGCUGGCGGAGAUCAACCGGGAGUUCCUCUGUGACCAGAAGUACAGCGAUGAAGAGAACCUGCCGGAAAAGCUCGCGGCCUUCAAAGAGAAAUAUAUGGAGUUUGACCUGAACAAUGAAGGCGAGAUUGAUCUAAUGUCUUUAAAGAGGAUGAUGGAGAAGCUGGGGGUACCCAAGACCCAUCUGGAGAUGAAGAAGAUGAUCUCGGAGGUGACCGGAGGUGUCAGUGAUACCAUCUCCUACCGCGACUUCGUGAACAUGAUGCUGGGCAAGCGGUCGGCUGUCCUCAAACUGGUCAUGAUGUUUGAAGGAAAAGCCAAUGAGAGCAGCCCCAAGCCAGCUGGCCCCCCUCCCGAGAGAGACAUCGCCAGCCUGCCCUGAGGACUGGCCUGGACCCUCCAGGCUGCUAUCCGCCCUUGGCUCUCUGCUUUCUCCACUCCUUGUUGUCUGUCUUCUUUGUUUUGUCCUAAUGGACUCAUUUCUUCUUCAUUGCCGUUUCUUUAUGGACGCACAUGUUACCUGCCUUAACGAGACUGGGGAACCCUAAGCCUCAGGGUCCAUGCUCUCUGCUUCCUGCUGCCCUGCCCUCCCUACACAGAAGGGCUGACAUCAAAACUGGAGAGGGCGUGGAGGCCGCACACCUGAGUUCCCAUGUUUGAAGAGGGUCUUGCCCAUCAAUUCAUCUUUCAAGGUUUCUUGAGACAGUGUUUCUUUGUGUGAUAGUCCUGGCUGUCCUGGAACUCACUCUGCAAACCAGGCUGGCCUUAAACACACAAAGAUCCGCCUGUCUCUGCCUCCCAAGUGCUGGGAUUAAAGGCAUGCACCACCACCGCCCAGCCUCUUUCUAGGUUUCUAAGCUAAAUUCAGGCCACAGGUUUGACCCUGUUGCCCCUCCCCCCUCCCCACUCUCAAACAAUCCUGAGCAGGCACAAAGCUCCAGGGUGUUCCUGGGUGCCUCACAGAUGCAGCUGAUUCCCCUUGGUUCUUGCCACUCUCGGUCCUCAGUGACGUGACACAAGGUGGGGAAUUGGAAGAAUUGGAGUCCUUCAAAGAACUUCCGGCUUUACCGGACCACACCUUUACAGACAGCUCAGAGGGACAGUGCAGUUCUGUUGUCCCUUGUUGGGAAGGAAAGGGUCUCAGAGGCAGAGGUGAAGAUAGUGGCUUUGGGGAGCCCCACUUCUAGAGAGGAUGCUGAGGGUGCCAGGACAGAAGAGGAGUCAGGUGAUCAUGAUGGACCUCAAACAGAGAAACAAGCUGAUUGUAAGAUGCCCUGAAUCCGGCUAUUUCCACUCCUUCCUCCACUCACCCACUCCUCAGCAGUUAUAUUGCUGAGUGCCCAUUACAAGCUUUAAGUCCUCCUGCUCUGUCUUGAUAUGUGCUAUGUCCACCUCCUAGCUCCCUUCUCCAGUCACUCAAGACCUGGAGCCUGGGGAUGAGACCGAGGUCACCUGCAGAUUUUAGCUGGGCCAGUCCUCUCUGUGGCCUACAGGGGUUAAGGACCUUGCUGGAAGGUCAGGGGGUUGAUCUAGGGAGAGCGUGGACUGGCGCCCAGGUGGUCAGGUGCAUUGGUCAAAGGGAAGGGUGACUAUCUACCAGCCUGAUAUUGAGGAAGGUGUCAUCCUCUCUGAAUCCAAGGGUCAGGAUUCACCCUCCAGACUGGCUGUGGGUUCGGGUAAGGGUCAAGCCUGCCUUGGCAGUCUGUCUUCCCUUCUGCUUCUUGACUGAUCCUCAGAGACCAUUUCCAAGAAUUAUUGCAGUGAGUAUCAAACUUGACCCAUCUUACCCGAGUGGGGACCUCAGCCUGACCCUGCCCGUUUUCUGGAACCUGUUGCCCUGGCCACUCAGGACAAGACACAGUCGUUCAGCAAACAAAUUUAUCAAGCAUCCACUAUAUGCGCUGAGUCCAGAACCCAACAGUGAAAUGGGCUGACACAUGAAACGUGGGUCUCCUGGGGAAUCACACCCAGCCAAGGACAGUGUGAUGUUAGGAAAUGGGGAGGGACAGCGGCUGCAAGAGGUCAGAAACCUGUAGUCCCAGGAAUUCCGGCUGACUCAUGACUUGGCAAGACUGUUAGAAGAGCCUAAACCCUAAGUGGGAAAAGACUGGAAACCAAUGAGCUAGUGUGGUUUCCUGGGGCUCCUUAGUGUCCCACAGCAAACUGCACAAAAUGACUGAUCCCAGUUAUCCUCUGGUCUCAACCAGUCCAGCUCAGCACAGACCGUUUAGCUACGCUUCAAAUGCCGUCUAGUUGAUGUUUAAACCCCAGCGUUCCUCCCUGUAACAGAAAAUCUUGUCUACCCUCACCCCAUCUGUUGACAUUUUUUUUAAAAAAAACAUUAGCACCUCUCCCCAUUCCUUCUGCCUUGUUCAGUAGUUGGGUUGGGACCUUGGACUGUAUUCAGCUGUCCAAUUCUCUGUGACAGGAAGGUAGAGCCAGUCAGGCUCAGUGGGCCCACAACUCAUGGGAUUACAUAGCACUCCCAUAAAGGACAGCAAAGGAGUGUGCCUCUGACCUCGGCAAGGUACAGGAAGAGGCUCUCUAUUGGGAGGGGACCCUGUGAGCCUCUUCAGUGGUCUGUAGAUCAACUCCUGGGAAGAGACUUAAGAAUAAGCCUUAGAGGGAGGAGUUUGCACAUAUUUCAAGCUGUAUCUGUCUUUUGGCUUCAGAGUUCUUAACCUCUCUAGUUACGGGCUUAGCUUUCUUGGGACAUCAGCUGUCUUCUGAAAAAGACCAAAUCUAACUGGUGUCACCAGACACAUGGGGACUGCCAAGCCAAGCAUGGCUUUGCCCUGUGAUUCAACAGACUUUUGUCAGGUAGAUACGGGUGAAUGACGUGUGUGCAUGUGUAUGUAUGGGUGGGACACCAUCUGCAGAUUGGAAUA